UGGCAUAAGAGAGCGCACAGGAUAACAAGAGGACAUAAAUAUAUACACACACUCACACGUGCACACACACACGUACACAAUACUUACUUACAUACAUACAGACACCGUAAGAGAAAUCUAGAUGGAAUUAUAAGAAUGGAAUACCACUGGUUUCUGUUUCUUGUCGAGUUACAGUUUCUCUUCCGACCAGGCAGUACCAGGCCUGUAAUUACACCAGACGGAUCCCAGCUCGCGGUGCAGCUGUAUGGCCAAUUUGUCCUUCGUUGCCAUGGUGAAGCACCCGUGCGUUGGAUACGGGAGGAUCGUCCAACUCGGACAAUAAAGGAGGAGAAGAGGGACCACCACCUGUCAACCAUCAAUGUUACCAGAGUGACUCCGCUGUUCCGGGGCAAUUACAUUUGCUUGGAGGAGUCCACAGGACAGAAUAACUCCAUUUAUGUGUAUGUUACAGCCUUCCUCUUAGCAGAUCCUGACAACGCCUUCAGAAAGCCCAUUAUCACUGACAUCAUGGCUGGGGCAAGAGACACUGCCUCAAUCCCCUGCCUACCCACCGACCCCAGAAUGGUUAACCUGCAUUUGGAGACGUGUGACGGAGAGCCACUGCCAUCCGGGAUGAGGUACAGCGCUAGCAUUGAGACAGGCAUUUCCAUUGUGAACGUCCAGCCCAACUACAAGGGAUGCUAUAUCUGCGUGGGAAUUCUGGGAGAGACGACUGCACAGUCUGUGCAUUAUAACCUUGAUGUGCGACUGGUUCCAGAAACACCACCCCGUAUUUCACUUCACGAGCGUGACCGGGUGCUUCGUACCCAGGGCCAGAGACUCACCCUCACCUGCUCCACUUCUAAUGUCAACAGUGAUAUAAAAGUUAACUGGGUGCCACCUCUCGGAGUGGAAGCAUCCGUGGAGCAAAACUCGCAGCUUUUGACCGAACCAGUCAUGCACAAACGUACAGCCGUCCUCCAAAUAGAAGCCGUGACAACCCGGGAUUCGGGAAGCUACCGCUGUGAGGCCAAGAACUCCGCAGGGAUUAGUAAUGAGACGGUCUGGGUGGAUGUCUACAGGAAAGGCUUUAUUAACCUGACCCACGUAGACAACAGGACAUGGAGAGUGCGUGAAGGAGACAGUCUGUCUCUGCGUGUGGCUAUGGAAGCCUAUCCUAAACCACACGAGCUUAUCUGGAGCUACAAUCGAAAAAAUCUCACAAACACAACUGACCAUGUUAUCACCACUCACUCGCACGCGCACAGGUAUGCACACGAUUAUCACAGUCAGUUAAAGCUUGUGCGUUUAAAAGUAUCAGAGAGCGGUGUCUACACUUUCCUGGCCAACAACGGUGACGCUAGUAUCCGCCUGACAUUUGAAGUCCAUGUCCUAAGUAAACCAGCAAUUGUAUCUCACGAAGGUCCGGUUAAUGGUCAGGUGCGCUGUGUGGCUGAAGGUUAUCCCCCACCUCAGAUCACAUGGUACUACUGCGAUCAACCCCAUUCCAGGUGUUCUAAUUUGUUAAAUGCCACACAAGAGGAGGAGGACGUUGUCACCGUGACUAUGACUAACCCACCCUUUGGGAAGGGAGCGGUGGAGAGCCGCUUAAACAUCACCAAGAACAAUUACCCCACCCUGGAGUGUGUAGCUUCAGCCGAAGGCGAGAUUGUCUACACGUUGUUUUCCAUCAGCGAACGUUCUGUUCCUCAUGAGCUUUUCACUCCAUUGCUGAUUGGCUUCAUUGCUGCAGCAGCCAUCCUUUGCCUCAUCCUGUUUUUUCUCACUUACAAGUAUAUGCAGAAACCUAAAUACCAAAUCCAGUGGAAAGUCAUUGAAGGAAUCCAUGGCAACAACUACGUCUAUAUAGACCCGACCCAGCUUCCGUACGACCACCAGUGGGAGUUUCCACGGGACAGGCUGCGAUUCGGCAAAACUCUCGGCUCAGGAGCAUUUGGGAAGGUGGUGGAAGCCACAGCAUAUGGAAUGUCCAAGGCUGAUACAGUGAUGACCGUAGCAGUCAAAAUGCUCAAACCGAGCGCUCAUGCCACUGAGAAAGAGGCUCUGAUGUCAGAACUGAAGGUGCUCAGUUACCUCGGCAACCACAUAAACAUCGUCAACUUGCUGGGCGCCUGCACUGUUGGAGGUCCGACUUUGGUGAUAACUGAGUACUGCUGUUUUGGCGACCUGUUGAAUUUCCUGCGCAGAAAACGUGACUGUUUCUGCUGCUCCAGACUGGGAGAUGACUCUUACUAUAGAAAUGUCUUGUUACAUCCAGAUUCAGGUGAAAGCAGAAAUGGCUAUAUGGCUAUGAAGCCUAUGGUUUUGGGAGUUCAGUCCACCGAGAAACGUUCACUACCUAAAGGUGUCGGCUCUUACACUGACUGUGACGUGUUCAGUGAAAUUCUGCAAGAGGACGGUUUGGCUUUGGACACUGAAGAUCUGCUCAGUUUCUCUUACCAAGUAGCAAAGGGCAUGGACUUCCUGGCAUCUAAAAAUUGUAUUCACAGAGACCUGGCAGCCAGAAACAUCCUCCUCACACAAGGUAGAGUGGCCAAAAUCUGCGACUUUGGACUUGCCCGUGACAUCACUACCGACUCCAACUAUGUGGUUAAGGGAAAUGCGCGUCUGCCGGUGAAGUGGAUGUCUCCUGAGAGUAUCUUUGAGUGUGUGUAUACGUUCGAAAGCGAUGUCUGGUCUUAUGGCAUCUUGCUGUGGGAGAUCUUCUCUCUUGGGAGCAGUCCUUAUCCAGGUAUACCUGUAGACUCCAAAUUCUACAAGAUGAUCAAGGAAGGAUACCGAAUGGAUUCACCUGAGUUUGCUCCAUCUGAAAUGUAUGAAAUCAUGCAGUCGUGUUGGGAUGCAGACCCUUCCCGGAGACCCUCAUUUGGCAAGAUAGUAGAGAAGGUUGAACAACAAAUCUCAGACAGCACCAAACAUAUCUAUCUGAACUUCAGCUCCAGGUUGCCUGUAGUCACGAGUAUCCGCGAGGAGCCAUUUUCUCACUCCUCACGCCGUAAUUCAGGAAGCGGUCACAGCACUCCCAGUCUGCCUCUACUGUCCAGUGACGAUGUUUUUUUGGAGGAAGCAGCUCCCAGGCAGCCACGAGCAUAAAGAUAAAUGAAUUAAUUUUUUAAAAGAAAACUCAUUAAAAUGCUGUACGAAGACUGUAAACCUUUCAGACAAACCAAGGCUGAGAGAAACCCUGGAACAGUCACUAUGGCAGAAAGACGUCACAUCAUCUUCCUACUCUCUUCCUAUUACUGAUAUACACAGGGGAUGAUGUACAGAAUACUCCCUCUCUUUUCUUAUUGCUUCAGGAUCAUGUGACAUGGGACAAUAAGGAUGGGCAAGUUUUAGGGAGAGCUUUACUUUAUCCUGGUUGCUGAUAUUCCAGUAUGGUCGCACAUUACCUUCGUUUCUGCACAACAGGCCUAACCUGGUCCUUUGUGGUACGAUUUUUAACUCUGCAUGGGUACUGGAGAACAAAGUUGAUCAUAUAUCAGGCUUUAUUUUCAUGAUCAUAGCAUAUACACGUAAACAUGCGUACAUUUAAAACCUUUUCAUAUGUUUUUGUCAUGACUGUCUGCACUUAAGGCGUAGAGGAGCACAAAAGUGUUACAAAUGCUGAAAAUACAAGUGUGUACGUUAUUUUUUUUUCUUUUUUUUGCAUGCCAACAAUCCGCUCUCACUUACGGGAUAUACCAGGCUAAUUCAGAGAUCAAACGUGUGGGGCAAAUACACACUAAUUUGUGAGAAAGCUACAUCUUAGUGCAUCACAUUUUAACACCAGAAUAGAUUCCCACUAGAGCUGGUUUUGAAUUUUACAUCCAUUCAACCCACAUCAUGUUCAUAUAUAAACAGAAACAGUACACCAGCCUUGCGCCCAACCAAAUAUACCAGGUUUGCUAUUUUGCCAACCAAUUUGACAAUUGCAUUGACAAAAUAUAGCGCUUUUGGUCAAUACAAAUGAUCAUAAAAGCACUUUGAAUUCUGAAAUAUGAUCAAUCACUAUUUUGGAUGUAGAUUCUCUUUCAUUUUUAGCAGUUAUACAUAUAUAUCCAUUUUUGAAAGCACAUUGAUAUUGUGUUUGGUCUAAUAAGUUUAGGCAGCUUCAGGACAGUUUAAUACAGAUACACUGCCUCAGUAUUAUUCAUUUGCUGACUGAGUUUAGUUUAAACACCAUACUUAUAUUGCUUAUAUUCAAAGGAGAGCUUGAGGUGACGUGUGUGUCAUUUUCUUCUGGUUUCUCUGGCUCAUUUCUGUUUUUUUAUGUAGUUAUUAAUCAUAGAUUUUCUUUCUGCUUUUCCUGUUGUGACAGUACUUUUUAUUGGACUGUUAAUUUUUAUUUUCAGGGAUCAAUUUGCGUAGCAUGUCAAAGCAUUGAAGUGCAAACAACGAGCUUUCUGGGCUGAAUAAUAUUUCAGCUUUUAAAGAUCAGUAUUACGGUUGGUUAUGUGUACGCUUGUUAUGUGAAGGAUUUUGUCUAGUACUGUGUGAAACUUUGAAAAGCAAAUUUAACAGUGUCCAACAGGCUUCCCGAAUGCAAACCAGCAACGUUGUACAGCUUCAGAAAGACUUGAUCUAAAAAAAAAAAUAAUAAUAAUAAUAAUUCAAAGCAAUUCAAGCAAUUUUAAAGCAAUUCACUUUCUUCUAUCAUUUUUACGUAGACACGGUUUUAAUCAGUGAAUCUUUCACAUCUCACAUGUACUUUUGUCUGAGGUUUAGGUGAACUGCCUAGACUUAGGAUCAGUUGAAGAGCUCAGUAGCAUUUGAAACAUUGCAUACUUUGUGAGGAACAGAGAAACGUCUCAACAGACUUCAGUUUUAAUUUUAAAAUGUUGAGUAAUAUGUUUUUGUAGAUAUGUACAUUUUUAUUGAAGCUCGUUCGUAUAAAGAUAUGUAUAUUAUCCUUUCUGUUCACGUUACCUUUUUUUUUGUCAUUACAUUCAGUAUAUGGAAAACAAGUGUUGCGGAGAAUAUUCACUCAAGCUUAGGACAUUUGAGUUAUGGGUUAGAAGAUGCAUCAGAAACGUCAUUCUUUUACGUCGUUCUCGGCAAACACCAACACUUUCUGUAAAAAGCAAAAAAACAAAAAACAAACAAACAAAACAAACAAACAAACAAAAAAACAACUGUUGUGCCUCACAGGAAACAAUUAUUUUCAAAUUCUGCUCCUUUGCUGUUGAGAAAAGAGCCAAUCGAAAGCUGCUGCUCUUCUGGGUGCCAAUGGGUGCACGCUCUCCAUAGGAACAGCCAAUCGGCAAAAUCUCAGUAGAUCCGCUCUGAGGGAGAGCAUUCUCAUUUCUGCCAAUUGGGAAAAGAGCAGCCGUGCAUUAGAGACAGAGAUGGAGAGUUCAUUGGAAUCCUAAGUCUAUGAGCAACAGACUGAGUGAUUCAGAUCAUGCCAGGUAGACCAAGUUGUAACAUCAGUACUCAGGCACCCAUCAGUAGCUGAUUUCCCAGCUCUCUGUUCUUUGUGUCCAGCUGCUUCCUCCAGCGGAAGUGUCACAUCCAGAGCACUUCAGUUUGGGGAGAUCCCAGCCGCUCUCUAUCCCACCUCCACCGCUUCCCUCUUACUCUCUUCCCACACUGCGACAUUGUUCUGAGAGGCAUCUGUCUGCACUUUGUAUGAGUGUGUGUUUGUGUGUGUGUGCGCAGGCGUGUGUGUAUGUGUGUUAACUGUAGCAUAAUGCAGGUCAUUUUGCUGGUAAGACACCAGAGUACUGAUGAGCUAUCAUUUCUACAGCUUGUCACAUGUAAUACACUGUAUACCAUAAACCGGCUUCCGGCUGCCAGGUCUGUGGACAUGAUACCACUCCUGUGCUUUUGCUUGCUCUAUAGUAAUAUGUGUAAAUGAUGUAAUGUCACUAUUUUUAGGGCAAUGUGGUACGAUCAUGUUAGUGCUGUAAACAUUUAAGUGCAACUCUUUAUUUGUGUGUGGUUUUCAUACUGUUUAAUAUAUAUUUUGCAUAUCCAUUGCAUACAUGUUACUCUACUAGUUCCACUCAUUGACUGUGUAUAUGCAAUAAGGUCCUUAAAUAACUGGUGGCUUAAUUGCACCCUAGCAAAUGUGCAAAUUUAUUCACAUUUGAUACACCUAAUAUACAGUAUAUCAAACAUCUAAUCCACAUCGUGACAUGGUAAUAACUAUAUGAUAAUGCAUGGAUAAUCUAAGUAGGUCUGGUUUUUGGACAUUUUUCUUUGUCCCUUGAAGAGAAGGUUUGUUCUGUUCAUCGCAUCGUUGUAUAUUUAUUUUAAAGUUUUUAUUUUGCAAACCACUGAAAUGUUUUAUUGUGUAAGACUUGUCAUGUCUUAUUAUUAUACACUGUAAAUAAACCACUGAAACAUGAA